AUGGAUUCACAGGAAGAUCCUAGAAAAUUAACCAAAGUCCGGGGAAAUGAAGAUUUCUAUUCUAAAAAUCGGACAGAAAUCUCUUCUUCACCAACCCUCGGACCCCAAACCGAAGAUUCGGUUAUGAAUUUACAUGGAGAAAUCGCUCGUCCAGUUUUACAACGCCAACUUGAUUGUUUAACUGAAGAAGAUGAAGAUGUAGAUUAUCCUCCACCUAGACUAAUUACUGGUUUACCAGAACCCAUCACUGUUGAUGAUCAUACAGACAAUCUGAAAUCUAUUAAUCCAGAGAUUUCUUCUCUUAAAGCACCAUGUCUGCUAUUUACCACUGAAGAAAUCAAGAAAUAUAUUGAUCAACUUGAAACGAAAUUAAAAUAUUUUCAUCAGAAAAUGCAAGAAGCUGAAAUAAGAAUAAAUAAUCAACAGUCUCUUCUCGAUCAACAGGAAGACGAAUUGAUAUUUUACCGAAAAUUUCAUAAAACUGGUAAAAAUGACGCCAAUGAGUUUAUCCCUGAAGAAUAUGAAAGACUCGAAACACCACCAGAGGCAGAAUUUCGCAAGUACUCCUUUGGCAAAAAGCUAAAGAUUGAAAUGAACCCUACAGACGUUGAUCCUGAUAUAAAGGAAGCUGUAGAUGGAAGAAUACAAGAGAUCUUAAAUAAAACAGAACUAUCACCAGGAUCAUCUUUACCAAGUCAUAAUUCAUUUCAAAAUAUUAUUUACAUGAAUCAUGAAUUCGAUGAUGAGAUGUUAAAUCCAACAUCACCAAGAUCCUGCGAAUCUCCUUUUCUAUUUAUAGAAGCGAAUACGUCAUCAAUACAAGAUCAUGAUAAAUCCGUUGAUACAUUAUCACCUGAAAAUUCUGCUCUACGUAAUGCAACAAGCAAUCCUCUGGAACCCGGCGAUUAUGAAGGACCUAGCCAAUUUCAAGAAGUACACACAAUAAGAGAACAGACAGAUAUGAAACCUACCUUAGAGGACCAAGCUGCAGAUCAGCUCCUUCAACAAUCAAAAUCUAAGUGUGGAACUGGGAUGAAAUAUGACAUCCCAGCAAGCCCAAGUCCAAACCCAGAAGUCAAUAUCAGAGAAGACUUUGAGUUUCAACAAAUCAUAAAAUCAUCUGGAGUAGAAAAUGAAGAAAGUAAGUUAACAGAACAGCUUGAACAGUACGACCAGAAUGAAUCACAACUGAGUGAUCUGUUGGAAAUCGUGAAAAACAUAUCUACAUCACAAGACGAUCAGGUUCAAGCGAAUGAUGUACAGAUGACUCAAGAGGAACAACAACUAAUUGAAGAACUUGAAAAAUAUGUUGGAAUUUAUGAGGUCAGCUUCGAAUCCUUUACUGACACCCAUAAUGAAUUUCCAAUGGUUGAAAAAAUGCCUUACAUCGAUAUAGGAUCUGUUCUACCAAAAUUAGAAGCAUCCGAACCUACAGACCUAAUUGCUCCUUCAAAAGGAAAACAUGUCAAAAAGUCGGCCCGAAAAACGGAAGUUGAAAUUGAGAAUGGACGACGCCCUGUUAAGUCCGCGUACAGGAAGAGCACACAUCAAUCAAUGUUAUCUUCAAUUGAAUCAAAGAAGAUCGACCUUCCAAUAGUUUCAGACUUCAAUACCAGAAUACCGCUACCAGAUAUUUCAACAACUGGUUAUAUAUCACACUCCUCAUCACGCAGAGCAGCUGAAACAAGAUUAUUGGUUGGGAAUGAAAGUGUGUCUAAAAUCAAUCAAUUGGAUAGACGAGGUGCUCUACCACAAAUACGUGCUGGAUACUCUAGGAAACCACAUUAUCAAGAUGUAGAUGUAUCAUCAUUACCAAAAUUAAAUCCAGGUUAUAAUAAAUCAAAUACAAAAACCAACUGCCAAGGAAAAGACGAAGAAAUUGUUCUGCCGCAAAUUAAAUCAACAUCAUUAUCAACUCCAACAAUUUCAAAUCACAACCUUAGACAAAGAAUCAAAAGCAGUCUUUUACCAGAUAUGACAAAACCAGAAAAGUUGCCUUCAAUCUUAUCAAUUAAUACAUCAAGGCAAGCAAAAGCAUCGACGUCCAGUGUAGGGAAAAGUCAAGGCUUCACGAAAUCUGCAACCUUUAAACAACCGAAGGUGUUACUUCCGGUUCAACCUAACCUCUAUCAAUCGAAUCGUCGUAAAGAAAGACGUCCCGGUAAAUUACCACCUAUUUGUAAUCUAGGUUUAGAUGAUAACCUGGUAGCAAGGAAGGAUUAGAGACUUAAUUAGAAAAUUUAAACGAAGAAAUAUUUCUAUACAUUAUCCUUGUUGAUAAU